AUGGACCAUGUCAAUCACACCUGGACCCAGAGUUUUGUCCUUGCCGGUUUUACAACCACUGGGAACCUGCGACCCCUUGCCUUCUUGGGCGCCCUGUGCAUCUAUCUCCUCACCCUUGCUGGAAAUUUAUUCAUCAUCAUCCUGGUUCACGCAGACUCAGGACUCUCUACACCCAUGUACUUCUUCAUCAGUGUCCUGUCUUUCCUGGAGCUCUGGUACGUCAGCACCACGGUGCCCACACUGCUACAGACCUUGCUCCGUGGGUGUUCACCCAUUUCAUCAACCGUGUGCUUUUUUCAGGUGUAUAUCUUCCACUCCUUGGGCAUGACCGAGUGCCAUUUGCUGAGUGUCAUGGCGCUGGACCGCUAUCUUGCCAUCUGCCAGCCACUCCGCUACCAUGAACUCAUGAGCAGACAGAUGCAGUUGCGGCUAGCUGGGGCUACAUGGGUGAUCGGUUUCUCAGCUUCACUGGUGCCAGCCAGCCUCACAGCAUCUCUGCCCUUCUGCUUUAAGGAGGUGGCCCAUUACUUCUGUGAUCUGGAACCACUCAUGCGUUUGGCAUGUGUGGACACAAGCUGGCAUGCUCACAUUUAUAUUGUAGUAAUUGGCAUGAUCACUAUGUGUAAUCUCAUGUUCAUUUUGGGGAUGUAUGGGGGCAUCCUAAAAGCCGUGCUGAAGCUGCCCUCAGCUGCCAGUCGUGCUAAGGCCUUCUCCACCUGUUCCUCCCACAUGACUGUAGUGACACUCUUCUUUGGCUCUGUCUUCAUUGUCUAUGUGGGGCCCUCUGGAAUCCAGGCUGAGGGCAGAGACAAGCUUAUUGCCUUAGUAUAUUCUCUUUUUACCCCCUUUUUCAAUCCAAUCAUCUAUACCCUUCGCAACAAGGAGGUGAAAGAGGCUGUCAAGCGGGUCUCUCAGAGGAUUAGGACCGUGUGGAAGAGAUCCUGA